CCAUAACUGCCCCCACAAAUAAUUCCCACCCACGCGCCGACAUCACAUCAUUUACUCCACUUUCUCUCUCCUCUUUGUCUCCACUAUAUAAACCAACCCUUAUCUUCCUUCUCUCCUCACUCAAACUUUUCAAUUCUCAAAUCUAAGCACGUGUAUUACACGCAUUCUGCAAAUUUCUAUGGAGAGCAUGAGUAGAAAAAAGAGAGUCCGAGUUGACUCGGAAGAAUCAGAAUAUAACUCACCGGAAGUGAAGAAACUCAGGGAGAAUCUGUUAUACGAUCUCACCGAUGACGAUAAUAACUCCGAGUUUUGCACCACGAGUCAUGAUUUUGAUUCAUUCAUGAAGAGCUUCGAAGAAGAAAUUACAGCUUCUCCGUCACCGGCGAAGGUGAUGGAGACGGAAGUGGUGGAUUUGACGGCGGAUUCUGAUGAGUCUCAGCCGGAGUUAGGUUACCUUCUGGAAGCGUCGGAUGAUGAACUCGGACUUCCUCCGGCAACGGCGGUGGGAAGUGAAUCGGUAAUCGAAUUGAUCGGAAUUUCAUCAGAUUCAAUAUGGGAACUGGAAGAGAGAAUUCCGAAUUACGAUUCGUUCGAAUUGGGGAUCGCUGAUUUGGUGGAUUAUAACGCUGGUGUUUGUGAAUACGUAGCAAUAGAUGGAUUGUUUGAUCAUUCGGAUCUUGGUUUCGGGUCACCCGAUUUUCUAUGGAGACCCGAGACGUUACCGGCAAACUAGGAAAUGUAAAUCUUUUUUUGUUUUAAUCUUCUUUUUAAUUAUUAUUAAUAUUAUUAUUAUUUAAUUUAAAUAUUAAAAAGCAAGAACAGAGUAUACAAAUUUCUGGAUAUUAAUUUUUGAAGCAAAAGAGAAGUUAGCAAUAUCGUGGAAUAUUAUAUUUAUGAUUGGAUAUU